GACCAGACCCCAACCCAUCUCCUACAACCAUCUGUCUCGGUGGUGUUCUUUGAUCCUCUCUCCACAAACCUAAAAUCUCGGCAUUCGAUCUUUGGGGAGGGAUCUAGAGAGAAGAGAGGAUUCGUCAUGACGAUCGUAGCUUCGUUUUUGGAGUCGACCAAGGAUAAGUGCUAUGCCCCAAGUUUCAUCGCUGUCAAUCUCUGUCUGGCUUUUAUCGAUGCCGCACUUGCGUUCAUCGCAUUCCUUCAGAUUUAUCUUGUCUGCCUCCUGCUUUCAGUUAACUCGAUUUCACCGGCGGAAUAAACAAGUUGGAUGGACGCGGCAAAAAGUGCUUCAUCUUAUGAUUGGCUCUUCAAACACAGGUUCCCUCAUUUAUUUUGUGGCUGCGAUUAUAGCAACAUGCACAAGGUGGCAUCAUUGGUCCAACGCAUUAGGUUUUCUACUUAUGGCCUUUCCCAAAAUUCUGUUUCUGGCAACUUUCCUCCUGCUUCUUUCUUUCUGGGUAGAUGUUUGCCAUCAGGGAAAUGGAGAGGAGGAUGACGAUGAUGAUGAAGAAAAUAGCAUUCAGCAAGUGUUGCUUGAAAAAAGUAAGAGCAAGCCAGGUUCUUCGAAUUCAAGUGAGCGUAGAAAGUGUUGCUCUUUCCAUGGGAUUCAUGUUGGCACCCGCCAGAAGUUUGUUGUUGCGGCGGUUCUUCUUGUGUUUAUCUUAAUGAUAUCAUUUGCAAUCCUUAUCUGGAUUGCUUCCGGAAAGAAUCCUAUCAAUGCUUCAUUAUUGGCUCAGGUCUAUGUUGAUAUUUUUGCUGCAAUAAUCCUAGUUACCGGAGGAGGAAUAUGCUUCUAUGGCCUGCGUCUGCUCUUUAAUCUGAGGAAGGUGCGGUCUGAACAAGUUUCAUCGGAGAUGCGGAAGGUAUCGGGUUUAGCUGGCGUCUCAGUUGUUUGCUUUACCAUUAGCUCUUUAAUUGCUCUUCUCACACACAUUCCGCUCUUCUAUCAUUGGAACCCGAGCAAAUUACACGGCAUCAAAGCAUUGGUUCUUCUGAUUAUAUACUAUUUCAUAGGUUCCACAGUACCAUUGGCUUUCGUUUUAUGGGUUUUAAGGGAGCUACCUCCUCAAAACAUCGUGAUUAGACAAGAAGAACCCAGAAGAAUUACUUAUGUCAACUAUGAAAGUGUUGAAAGGCAGCCUCCCCAGCACUGGGCCUCCACAACUGUGUCAAAAAACCAGGUAUCUAAGGCAAGUCCUAUAUGAACCAAAGAAUCAUUAUAUAAGUGUUGGCCUGAAGCAAAAAUCCGCCAAAUUUCUUCUCUAGUCACCGGGAAAAAACCUGGUGGGGAUUGGGGAGUGGUUCUUAUGCCCAAAUGUGGUGUAUUGUGCUAGAAUGAAUGAAAGUGGAAACAAGGCUCAUGUUCUUCUUCUUCUUCUCUCUGUGUGGCUUUGGAAGAAAAGGAAAAAAAUUGUUUAUAAGAUAGAAAUGGAGGUUUGAAAGCUAUGUAAAUAUUAAACUUUUGAUUGCAGUAUUUAGUUGUUUUAGGUUCAUCAAUGUCAUGUGUUGAGAGACUAGUGGAUAUAAAAUGUGAUCUCAGGGAAGAAGAUACAACUUUGUCUUCCUUCCGAAACAGCGUCGUUAAAUUGCUUUUUUAUACGUAGUAUUCUUUUCAA